UUCCCCACCGAGAGGCGCUUCUUGCUUAGAGGGGCCGUCCUCGCCCUCUCCCCCCCCCCCCCGCCUCUCUACCUACCCAGGGAGACGGCCGCCUCCUCUAGCCACAGCUGCGUCUGCCUCCAAGCUGCUUCGCCCCCUCCCCUUCUUCUUCUUCUUCUUCUUGUGCUUCAUCCUCCUCCUCGACUCCCUUCGCUCUUAGUCCGAUUUCUGCAUUUGCUGAAAAGGAGGGGGUUGCUGAGCUGUGCUGCUGAGGGGCUUUGCUGCGUCGCCGUGCGGCUCCUGGCAAAGAGAGCGCAGCCUCCGUUAGUCCUGCUGCUGCCUUUUUUUGCAGGUGCUGCUGUCGAAGGAAAACCCAGCUUCUCUCACCCGCACCCCCCUCCCCAUCUUCCAUCCGAAAAGACGCCAAAACCAGGAGGAGGAUUUGGGAGAUGCUGCGGCUACCGCUCCCGGUUUGAGGAGAGCCCGUGCCAAUCCGCUGGCGCUCCCCGAGGGACCCGGACAGCCCCGCACGCAGCAGCAGCUUGGAGAACUUACUGAAGAAGACGCCACAACUGGUGCCCACAUUUCCAAGAAGGGAACGGACAGCAGCCCGGGCGCUCCCCGCGCCUCCCUCUUUCUCUCCACCUCCCUGUCUCCCUCCGAGUUCCUAAAGGGGUGACUGCCAGUGGUCGAAAGAAAGGGGAAAGGGGACGAAGCUUCGGCGCGAGGCGCCGUCAGGGCCCGACAGCGCCAAUGCUGCGCCAAGGGAGCAUUUGGAGACGUCGAGGGACCUGUUGGCUUCCUCUCUUCGCUGAGUGGGCAGGCAACUUUUCAGUCCGGGGCCAAGUUUGAGGAGGAUUCUUUUCCACCCCUUUCCCUCUACUCUACCCACAGGAAGGGAUCGGGGCUGGGCGGCAUAGUCGGGGCAGCUACCCAAACCGAAAGGCGCGCGGACGCGGACUCACCCCUCCCCGCGUGGCCCCCAACAGGCGGCUCCCCACCUUCCUUGCGAGGCGGGAGGUGGCCUGGCCUCCUGUCACGCCAGGCCUCGCUUCGUUUAUUAAUUUUUUUUCCGAGGGGAGGCGAGAGCAGCAUGCUGGGGGCUCCCCCCGCAGGCAGCCCCCGCAGCCCCGACGUCUGACCCUCCAGGGUGGCGGCUAUGGCAGCAGCCAUCGCCAGCUCCCUGAUCCGACAAAAGAGGCAAGCGAGGGAGCGGGAGAAGUCCAACGCCUGCAAAUGUGUCAGCAGCCCCAGCAAGACCAAGACCAGCUGUGCCGACAAGAAGAAGCUCAGCGUCUUCUCCAGGGUCAAGCUCUUCGGCUCCAAGAAAAGGCGGAGGAGGAAACCAGAACCACAGCUUAAAGGCAUUGUAACAAAACUGUACAGCCGGCAAGGGUAUCACUUGCAGCUACAAGCAGAUGGAACUAUCGAUGGCACUAAAGAGGAAGAGAGUACCUACACUUUGUUUAACCUCAUACCUGUGGGUUUACGAGUGGUGGCAAUUCAAGGCGUCCAAACAAAACUGUACUUAGCCAUGAACAGCGAAGGAUACUUGUACACAUCGGAACAUUUCACACCAGAAUGCAAGUUCAAAGAGUCGGUUUUUGAAAACUACUAUGUGACAUACUCGUCCAUGAUCUACAGACAGCAGCAGUCAGGGAGAGGCUGGUACUUGGGUCUGAACAAAGAAGGGGAGAUCAUGAAAGGAAACCACGUCAAGAAAAACAAAGCGGCGGCACAUUUCCUUCCCAAACCAUUAAAAGUGGCCAUGUACAAAGAACCUUCCCUCCAUGAUCUUACAGAAUUUUCACGGUCUGGCAGCGGGACCCCCACAAAAAGCAGAAGCGUCUCAGGAGUGCUAAACGGUGGGAAAUCCAUGAGCCAAAACGAAUCGACGUAGCCAGGUUUAGGGAGCAACUGGAGAGACGCGUAAAUGGAAUCUUACCUCUGGAAUCAUAGAUAUAAGCACUUUCUUAGCUGCCUAUCAUCCAGCGAGGCAAGCCAACAAACUGGCAUAGGUCACAUUGUCUUAUCAGCCAUUUAGACCUUCUGGUUGUUCUAAAAUAAUUCUAAACAAAUGAUAACAGUAAAAAAGAGAGAGCCCAGUAACAUAGAAUGUGCUUGUGCAAUCACACAAGGAUAGCCAGACAAAACAUAACUUGCGGCAUAAAACCACAGAGAGGAAAUGUCCCUCUUGCUCACUCUCUCUUUAAUCUCACCUGUGCUUUGGGGGGGGGGCAGAAUUAAGUAGCAGGAAAACAUUUUUUUUGCAGCACUUAACUGCUGAGUUGAAUUUGCUGUCCAGCCAAGAGAGAAGUCCAAUCAAAGACCACUUUUUUGCUCUUCGAGGGAAAUUCUAAUGCUUAAUGUUUUAUACAUAUAUAUAUCUAUAGCAUUAGAGGGUAAACAAACAGGAUAUGUGAACUCUGUGGUUUUUUUUCUCAGCUUACCAUUUUAUAUCUCUUAAGGCUUGAUAUUGAUAACAAACCCAAUGUAUUCUUUUAAUUUGGGAUAGUGCAACUUUC